AUGGCCUCUUCCACCAAGGCAGCCCGCUUGGGCGAGGAAGUCUGGAAGACGCGGGUCGACAAGGUCAGCGCCGAGCUCGUCACCCUCACCUACGGCACCAUCGUGGCCCAGCUGUGCAAGGACUACGAGUACAACUACCCCGACGUCAACAAGCAGCUGGAGAAGAUGGGCUACAACAUCGGCAUACGCCUGAUCGAGGACUUCCUGGCCAAGUCGAGCGCGCCCACCUGCACCAACUUCCGCGAGGUGGCCGAGAUGAUCGCAAAGGUCGGCUUCAAGAUCUUCCUCAACAUCACGCCCACCAUCACGAACUGGUCCAGCGACAACAAGCAGUUUUCCUUGGUCUUCGACGAGAACCCCCUGGCCGACUUUGUCGAGCUGCCCGACGACGGCCGCGCGCAGGACGAGCUGUGGUUCUCCAACAUACUGGUCGGCGUGCUGCGUGGUGCACUGGAGAUGGUUCACAUGCAGGUCGAUGCACACUUCAUCAGCGACCUCCUCCGUGGCAACGACACCACGGAGAUGCGCGUCUCCUUGGUCCGCUACAUGGACGACGAGAUGCCGCCCGACGACGAGUAG